GUAACACAUAACCAGCCAUUGGAGGAGGUCCUUUUAUUGCUCCACCACCCCACCAGAGCCCCACCAUUUAAACGCCAUAAUAAUCACGGGCAGAUGAUCUGUGAAACAUUCAGAUUCCUUGAACAGCGGUAGCGCCACCAAUCACUGUUGAACCCUCUUUCUUUUUCUGGGCAUUUUCUGGGUUUGCCUCGGAUUGUCUUGGCACCAGGAAAAUGGAGGGUGCCAACCACAAGGCACAGAAGAAGAGGAACUGGUUUCUGCCACUGGUCUUCUCUCUCCUCAUAUCUAUAAUCCUCAUCAUCCUCUCUCUCUUCGCCUCGGCCUACCCAUUUCGCCAAUUGCCUAACGAGACCCCAAAGCCUCCCCUUUUUGUAGAAUCAAAGCUCCACGUUUCUCCAAGUCUGGUCAAUCCAAUCCCAAGGCUGGCCUAUUUGAUAUCUGGGUCCAAAGGGGAUUGUGAGAGCUUGAAGAGGACAUUGAGGGCUUUGUACCAUCCCCUGAACCAGUAUGUGGUGCAUUUGGACCUUGAGGCCUCGGCUGAGGAGAGAUUGGAGCUGGUGAAGUUUGUGAGGGAUGAGGCUUUGUUUGAGAGAGUUGGGAAUGUGAGGGUGGUGUUGAGAUCCAAUUUGGUGACCUAUAGGGGGCCUACUAUGGUCAGUAAUACCCUACAUGCCGCAGCCAUUUUGUUGAAGGAGGGUGGGGAGUGGGAUUGGUUCAUCAACUUGAGUGCUUCUGAUUAUCCCUUGGUUACACAAGAUGAUAUGCUCCAUACCUUGUCAACUAUUCCAAGGGAUCUUAAUUUCAUCGAGCAUACUAGUGACAUUGGUUGGAAGGAAUUCCAUAGGGCCAAGCCUGUUAUAAUAGAUCCCGGGCUAUAUAGCUUGCAGAAAUCAGAUGUAUUUUGGGUCACAGAAAAGAGGAGUUUACCAACAGCAUAUAAACUUUUCACAGGUUCUGCUUGGAUGAUGCUGUCUCGGCCUUUUAUAGAGUUCUGCAUAUGGGGUUGGGACAACCUCCCAAGGGUAGUCCUAAUGUACUACGCCAACUUCCUUUCUUCUCCCGAAGGGUACUUCCAUACAGUCAUCUGUAAUGCUGAUGAGUUUCGGAACACCACUGUGAACCAUGACCUCCAUUUCAUAUCAUGGGAUAACCCUCCCAAACAGCACCCUCAUUUCCUCACUGUUGUGGACUAUCAGAGAAUGCUAGAUAGCAACGCACCCUUUGCCCGUAAGUUUGGCAGGAACGAGGCAGCUCUUGACAAGAUCGACUCUGAGCUUUUGGGGCGCAGCCCUGAUGGUUUUGUGCCGGGUAGUUGGUUUGAUAAAGGAGGCACGAACACUACCGACCCAAACUACAUUGUUGCAAAUAUAACGGAACUGAAACCUGGACCUGGGGCUGAAAGGAUAAGGAAACUCAUUACGGGUUUGUUAUCAGCUAAGGAUUUUGAUGCAAAUCAUUGCAUUUGACAGCUGACAUGCUGCAAGUGACUGCCAUGAAAGGUUCUCAACUGCCGCUGAAUGAUCACAUUAAAUAAUGGAGGACCGCAUAUCAGAUUUGAUAGCAGUAGAAAGGGGAAAUAUACUUGUUCUUCUUUGUAUUCUUUUAGCUGAGCCUUUUGGUUUAGUUUUAAGUUGAUGUGUAUUGGAGCUCAAUGGAAUGGCUGACAGUGCAGUCCAAUGAAUUAGUUGGCUGACGCAAAAGAAAUAUAACAAUGCAUCUGUAAAGAAUGCAUUUUUCA